ACCCGGCAUUGUGUGAGACCGAGAAUUUGGCUUAUUUAAUGUCCUGUAGAGUUCUGCAUCGACGGGUGCGGGUUGCUCGUGUCCAAAGUUGAUGCCUGGAAUUUGGGAGCUACUGUCCGAGCGCAUCGGUUGCAUACAUGAUUCUUGCCCCCAGGACGGGCAGAAGAGUCUUCGUACCGCUGUACAUAGCCAUUCGCUGGUCUCUUUUUGUUUGUGCUCGGCGGAGCCUCCACUCUUUGCCUUCCAGGAUCACAAAAAAGCCGUGCAGAGGUGCGUUGUGCACUACGAGGGUACCGUAAGAGUCGGAGGGAUGGCACGGGUCGGCGGGAUGGCACCGGUCGGAAAGAUGGCACCGGGUUGCGAAAAGAAAACAAGAAUGGCGGAUUGAAUUGUAUUUCCGCACCGGGGUCGGUGCGACGGCACCCGGUGCGAUUUCACCGACCUCACCGACCCUCAAUCCAAGAUUAUCUCUUCUUGAGCUGCAGUAAAGAUGUACAUGUGUGAACAUAUUACACAUGGUGACCGUAGCAAUAUAAUAGUAGAGACCGCUGUGUGUAUUUCGUUGGGCAUCGCACCGGUCGGAGAUAUCGCACCGUGGUGCGGCAAAAACCACGAAGAAAAAAAACUAUGAAAAGCGAUCGCACCCGGUGCCAUCUCUCCGACUCUUACGGUACACUUGUCCUGGCGUUCUCUGGAACCCUGAACCGAACAGGCUGCAAAUCACUAGGAAAAACAACAUCUCGAAUUGGAGAGCGUGCCCCGCGGGCAAUUUCCUACUGAUGAUAGCAAGGAUGGGGAGUUUCGUGGUCGCUCCCGUCCUGCUGUGGCUUUCUCCAAUGACGUCGCCCCCGCGUCAGCGCACACCUCUGCCUGGAUCAUCGCUGAUGUGCCUCACUCACUUUCGUUACCUCCCGCUCUACAGUUUAUGGGGAAUUUUCA